UCUUCCCUUUUAGUUUUGUAACAUGCUCUUAGGUCCGCGCGUAAUGUCUUACAUAAUCUCCGCUCGUCCGCGCAUUCAUUUCCAACGCUUUGUGCUUUCAAGUCCAACUUUUUCGCAGCUUUCAAGACGCGUCUCUAAAUUUCUUCCCUUCUCAUCAGCCCCAUAUUAUCAUCCCUGCUUCAUUAACCCCUAUUUUAAUUAUUAAAACAUUUUUCUCGCCGCCCUCCUCCCUCCUUCUUUCCUCUCUCCCUCCUCUUCCUUCUCCUCCUCUCCCCCUUCUUUUUAUUUUUAUGAUCAUUAUCAUCGAGUCCUUCAUUUUCUUCCUCCGUCUUCUCUGUCAUAAUUUUCGAUUCUGCGUACUCUUUUUGACAUUGGAGUUCCUCCCAGCUCUCCCACUCUCAAAGUUGCUAUCCCAGUCUCCUCCUCUCUGCUCUUUCCCCUCUCCUUUUGCAGUAUUUUACGUUCUGUUCCCAAUAUUUUCUAUCUUUAAUUCUUUUCGUAUAAUAUUCCUGCUUUUUUCGCUUGGUUCCUGUAUAAUAAUGUUAAAGUUCUGGCAUAACUCCUUCAAACACUCACGUGAAAAUUUUCAAGUUUUAUCCUAGAAAAGUGCUCUCACAAGUUCGAUUUCUUCCUUCCUCCGUUGCCUUCAGAGUGACAUGAUGUACGGACCGUCAGACAUCAAUGAUACCUUGCUGAUUCAAGAAUUUUAUGCAAAAUGGGACACUAUGGCUGAAAAAAGUUGGACAGGAGCUGGACUCAAAUUUAUUGUCAUGAAUGUUAUAUACCUGAUUCAGCAGAUAUCGCUAUGGUUCUUAGUUCCAACUAUUAUAUUCGCAUAUCUGUGUUACUACUUCAUCAUACGCCCCAAAAAUUACGUUCGGGAUUUAAGUGAAGUGGGGUAUGAUUACUUCAUUGAGCAAGCAGCUACGCGACACCAAAAGAAAAGUAUCCAACAACUUGUGAAAAAUAUUAGGAAAACAUCAAAAAUUGGGAACAUUCCUCCGGUCUACCCCAAUGGAUGGUUCAACAUUUUGGAAUCAUCUGAAGUUUCCAAAAACCAAGUAAAAUACGUCACAGCACUAGGCGAGAAUUUUGCUGUGUUUCGCACGCCAGAAGGGAAGGUCCAUAUAAUGGACGCUUACUGCCCUCAUUUAGGCGCCAACAUGGGUCUUGGUGGGGUGGUCAGAGGUGACUGCUUAGAAUGUCCUUUCCACGGCUGGCAGUUCGAUGGGAAUAGUGGAAAAUGCACCAGCGUGCCAUAUUCUGAAAAAGUUCCAGACUUUGCGCGAGUCCGAACUUGGAAAUCAUGUGAAGUGAACGAUCUCAUUUUUGUCUGGUAUCAUGCUGAAGGAGAGGACCCAACAUGGGAGCCACAGCCCGUGAAGCAAAUCUCAAAUGGCGACUGGUGGUUUAUUGGCCGCUCCGAACACAUGAUCAAUGCUCACAUACAGGAGGUUCCGGAAAACGGUGCUGACUUAGCUCACCUGAACGUCAUUCACAGCCCCCUGAUGCUCGGAGGAAGUGACUUGCGCUACUACGAGAAACUUUGGACGGCGUUCGCUCGGCACCACUGGGCAGGCACGUGGCACGCCAACACCGAUGCACCGCACACUGCAACGAUGCACUUAUCGCACGAGGUUCGGCUUUUCAACAAAGUCCGCGUCAUCACCGUCAAAGUCACCGCUGAGCAGAUCGGACCAGGAUAUGUCGAGCUUACAAUGGACACAUGCCUCGGCCGCCUUGUGAUGUUACAAACUGUUACUCCGGUCGAACCUCUCGUUCAAAAAGUUAUUCAUAGAGUCUACUGUCCUCCAACUCUCCUGCUAUACGGACACUUCGUGUUGUCAGCAGAGUGCAUAAUGCUUGAACGGGACAUAAUGGUAUGGAAUCAUAAGAAAUAUGAAGAAAAACCAAUUCUUGUAAAAGAAGAUAAAUCGAUCCUGCACUACAGAAGAUGGUACAGCCAGUUUUAUUCCAAAAACAGCCCUCGUUUCAAAUACCAGAAGGAUACUCUGGAUUGGUAAAUGAGGAAAGUCUAAUAGCGUCCCGUGGAUUUUCUUCAUCGACAUUGACAAAAUGUGCAAAAUUGUUUUUAUUUGAUUUUUGAAACUGAAAAUUUGAUGCUCAAAAGAAUAUGUCAUUUCUUAUUAUUGUGUGGAAUUUGUGUAAUGCAUUCCGAAGUCUUCAUUAUGAAAAAAAUAAUUUUCUUAAUUGGUGUCGACCAAUUCUUCGAAGGUGCCUUGUUCUGAAUAAUUCAGUUCUAUUAAAUUUUGAAGCAAAUUUGGUUGUGAAACUCCUCUCCCCCUCUAAAAAAAUAACAGAAAAUGUAGGGCUGUCACCUCUUUUUAUUCUGUGACGUCAACUGUAAUAUUGCUCAAUCUAGUCUUGUGUUCAAGCUGAUUUUUUUUCUGUUUGCAAAGAAGGGAUGCGUGUCAAAGUAUAUGCCCCAUUGCCCCUGUCUCCAUGUAUGCUCUAAUUACUUUAAUGAACUCAUCUGUUUAGCGAUUUAAUACUCUCAGAGAUACAAACUGCUACAGUCAGGGAUCAACGCACCGUGAAGUCCAUUAAACGACAUGAGAGGUUACUCAAUUGGAAAGAGCACUUUCACGUUCAUUUUUGAGAAUUUGCCUCAGACAUGUUUAUUGGGAAACGUUCCUUCUCCCGAAAAAGGGGAGUAUCUUUGUGGAGGAAUGAAGUUUUUAACAGAAAAUGCUUUUCAUUUUUAGUGAUAAUGAAUUUAAGACUGCGUCGAUUAUUAGUUUCUUUUGUACCUCAAUUUUUAUUUCCCUGCGUUCAGGAUUAGUUUUUUCUUCCUUUUUGUUUUCCUUAAUUUAUAUUAUAUUUUAAAGCAUGUACAGUAACUUAUUUGCCUUGUAUAGAUUAUCAAGUUAGGUUUUUUUCUAUGAGAUUGUUUUAAUACAUUUUUACUGAGAUUUGAA